AUGGAGAGAAUUGUCCAGUCCAUAUCGAACAUAUUUACCGGUGGAUCGCAGGGAGGGAAGACGAGUACAGACAAAGAGAUAGCUCCACAUGCAGCCAAAGCGCAGAGUACUGGUGAGGCUGCGGGAGCGAAGAGUGGGAAGACAGCAGGGAAGACAGCACGUGAGGACGCUGGUGGUGAGGGAGCAGAGAGGCCAGUGAAGCGAAGGACUUCGAGCAUCGAGCACGAACGGAGAUUGACGGGCCACUUUUACACUCCUACAACCGCCACGGCUAUAUCAGUACCGACAUAUGAAAAUCCCUAUGUACCGCGAGAGCCACCGAAGGCAAGCUCGACGAGGAUGGGAGGUGCGUUCAAACCGGUGAAUACGCUGCACGCGACACCGCAUGCGGCUGGCAGAGGACAAGGUGCUGGACAAAGGGCGGGAACGCCAUACGCGAAAGCAGCUCCACGAGGCGCACCAGCGAAGCGACUACUCGCGAAGAUUCAGCAAGGUACAACGAUUGCCGAGGAGCUGAGGCUGGUAGAGAGUCGAGCCGGUAAUGUCCAAGAUCCGGCACGAGAGUAUGACCUGGUUGGUGAUAGCUUCAACGAUCGGCCAAAUGGAGUAAAACGGAGGAAGACGGGUCAUCCGAACGGCGCGAACAUGAAGGUAAUUGGUGAGACUGUUGACCUGACCGACGGCGACGAUGAGGAAACGAGCAUACUGAACGCGAAAGUGAAGAGUGUGAACGGUAAGGAGGUGCACGACUUCCGCAAACCGACAGCACCAGCACAGAAGCCGAGAGCCGGGUCACGCGCCGCUGCUGAAGAAGAUGCUUUCUCAUGCAACUACGUUACGACCAUGAACAAGACACUUUACCAGCCGCCACCAAAACCCAGACGAGAAAAAGGGGACUCCCAAGCACCCUCUCGGUCAAGUCAGCAGCCGCGGACUCGUUCGCCUUCUGUUGUGAGUCAAGCCCAUGAGCAACCUGCGACGACUCAGCCUGGCUCGAGGCAGUCUCCUGUGCAGGUCGACAAGAGUGAGGGCAGCGUGAGGAGUGCUUCCCAGCAGAAAGUGCCAAGAAAAGGUCAGCGGCGGACCAUCCCGCAGACUGACCCCGGGCCGAGCGGCACUUCAAAUCGUCCACCGAUUGAUCUCGAAAGGGGGUUCGACGAGAUUGGGAAGGCGCCUGUGAGAGCAGGCAGCACAAGGGAUAGUCAUAUUUCAGGAAAUUCUCUGCUGCGUCAGAAGCAGGGACGGCCCAGUGAGGAGCGUAUCAUACCAAGGCAGGUUCACAAUGUGCUGAAAGCCGGCAACCAAAAGUCGGGAGCUUUGAGCGGAAAGACUCUGGGCGCCGCGGCGCAAAGCAUACGACAGCAGCAGCAGCAGCAGAAGCGACCAGCAUCUCCACCACUCGCGCAAAGGUUCCAACGCGAUGAGUUAACCAUAUCGCAAACCCAGCCGCAGACGAAGAAGAUCAAGCGCACCGCCGCUAUGCAAGCAGAGUCAACGAGAUUCCGGCCGCAGCCGAACACCAGCUCCGUGGACGACAGCAUGGAUAGUAUUGAUCCGUUGCAAGGGGAGCCUACUGUGCCUAGCAAAGCUGGACGCAGCGUUUCGCCUGUCAAGAUUGCACCUACCAAGGAUCGCGCAGCUUCACCUUCAGACUUGAAGCCGACGAAUUUCAGGACCUCAUCCACGGCAGACUCAGCUCGCCAGAAAGCUCAGGACUUCUCUGAUGUCAGCGAGGAAUACGAUGACAUCGAUAGCAACACCAUGCCGAUCCAGGCAUUCUACGCUGCUGCGUAUUGUGCAAGCGAGAGUGGUUCUGACAAAGUUCUGAUAUACAACAAAGACACUGAAGAACUUGAUCUACAUGUUGCUGGAGAAGCUGCACGAUUUGGCGAAGCUCGGCCUGUCAGUCUAAGCGCAACAAACGUUCGGCGGAUACAUCACGUUCCAGGUAGUGGGCACGUCUUCCUUAAAGGCUCCGCAUUGGGUGUCAGCAAUGGCGCUAUGUGCGUCGCCUUCAAUGACUACGACGGCGUCAGUUGGUUCGUGACUAUGAUGCUCGGUCUAUCGCGCCUGGAGCUAGCCCCGGCAGUGUCUCGUUGGGCUCCGGAGCAAAUGGAGAAGACCUUUGGAGUUCAGACGAGGGUACUACAGGACGCUUUCAUUGCCAAACGGAAUGUGCCACCCUCAGGAUUGUACAAGGAGGCGCGAAGGCGCGCGGACUCCAUUGACGACAAUGACGAUGAGCAGAUCCGGUACGAGCCUAACGAGCAGGAAGAGGAGAAGAGACCUAGCAGGCGGAAAGCCAUGCAAGGAGGCGAGAAGGACGAUAUUCAUACUGUCCAGCGCAACAUCAAACAGCAGCGGCAGACCGCCCUGGCAUCAGCCUACUUCCAAAACUCCUCAGCGGUCCGCCGCUCGACCAGAGAGCGCAAGCCUGUUGUUGAAAGACCACGUACUCCCACGCCAGAACGCUGGACACAGACCCACGGCCUGCCUCCCUGGCAGAAACCCGUCGAAUACCCAGUCAAAGGCGUCCGCCGAGUAACAGUCGAUGUCAAAGACCUCGAAUGGCUCGACGAAGGACAAUUUCUGAACGACAACAUAAUCUCCUUUGGCCUUCGCAAGAUAGAAGAGGAGAUGAAGCCAGAACAUCGCGACCAAGUACACUUCUUCAACAGCUUCUUCUAUACUUCUCUGAGCACGAAGAACGGGAAGAAGGUGUUCAACUACGAAGGUGUGAAGAAGUGGACCAAGAAUAAGGAUCUGUUCGCAAUGCCGUUCGUGGUGGUGCCGAUCAAUAUUGAUUUGCAUUGGAUUUUGGCUAUUGUGUGCAAUCUUGAUCGGAUGGGCAAGGAGUCUGUUGCUGGUGCGUCGGGUGCGCCCGUUGCUGCAGCUGGGAGUGACGAACAGGAAGAUGAGUCGCUUGUCGUGGUUGGAGAGGACGACACUACACUACCGGCAAAGGGAGAGAGUGCCAUGAAGCGCCUCUCCCUGUCAGACAACGACGAAGACGAGGUACGCAGUGAUGUCUUUGAUUAUGGCGAGGACGAUAAGAUCGCUUCGCAGGAUGGCGAAGGCGACCCCACUACUAGCCGCCCAGGUACUGCUGCGAUGAAAGGCAAGAAAGGCGGUAAAGGCAAGCACAAGUCGGUCCCACCAGUCAAGACAUUUCCAGCAGACGCCCCGACCAUCAUCCUUCUCGACUCCUUCGGUAACAACCAUCCCAGAGAAAGCAACAACCUCAAAGAAUACGUGGCCGCCGAAGCGAAAGACAAGCGUGACCUCGAUCUCGACCCCAAGGACAUACAGGGCGUGAACGCUAAAGGUCUCCCACAGCAAAGUAACUUCUGCGACUGUGGUGUCUUCUUGAUUGGCUACGUGGAAGCUUUCGCUGCCGAUCCGAGAGGGUUUGUCGAAAGGAUCAUGGCCAGAAAGAUGGACAAGGCGGAUGAUUUCAAGGGGUACAGUCCUGUGAGCAAGAGGGCGGGGAUGAGAGAGGAUUUGAUCAAGCUUUAUACGAAGCAGGAGGAGGCGAGGAGGGGGUUCAAGAAGGCUAAGGCUCAUGCUGGGGUGGCAAAGGUGGGAGAGCCGUCGACCACCUCGUCAGCUGGUCCUGCUUCGACAGCUGCCACGCCAAACGAGACGCCCACUGUGAGCAAAGCGAGCACGCCUGCUAGAGAGCAAGGAAAGCCCGUGGUGAUAGCCAAGCCUAGCCAAGCCGCGGCCUCGACAAGCAAAGAAAGUACGCCUGCGCCUCAAGCUGUGAGGCAGAAGACACCGCUCCCUCUGAAGUCUAAAAGUCCUGUCAGAAGAGCCACGGGCAAGCACAGCACCAGGGAUCACGAAGACGACUACCUGGAGGUUGGGGCUCCACGACCGCUGCAGCCACAACGCACAGCUCCGGUCACGAACAAGCAGGGUGCCGAGUUCAAUGGAUCGGUCUCUUCAGCCGAUGAUGAUGAUGAUAACGACCACGAUGAUUACAAUGACAACGAUAUGCUCGACAACGGCUCCGCACCCAAGACUGCUGCAUCAGCGGCUCCCGACACGACGACUGAACGCGAUAUCCUCAGCUCACUUGAACAUCAACUGCAUGAAGAUGAAGAGGCCGUGGCAUGGCAGAAGGUCAAAGGUAGUAUGGAAGAGGCACCACGAGACAGGCAGCGAUCUCCCAGCAAGCUACGUAGGGAGCAGCCGGCUGUCGUCGUCGUGGAGGACGAUAGUCAACGCUCGGCUGUCGUGCCGGAUUCCCAGGAAGGCGGGAGUGUGGUGUGGCAAGGGACGAAGACAGUCUUCUCCGAUUGA